ACGCUGCUUCUUCCCGCCGCGCCGCCAGCCGCCAGCCGCCAGCCGCCACUCCACCAAUCCCCACCAACCCCUCCCCCCCCUCCUCCUCCAAUCCCGCUAUUUCCCAGCCGAAUCCACCCAAUUCCCCCCAGAAUCUCAUUGAUCCUCCUCCGGCCCUCCUCGCGCCGCGCAGAAUUUUUUCCGCGGUUUUUUAGCCGCCCCAAUCUGACCAUUUCUCUCUCCUCUCUGCGUUGCGCGCGCGGGUUCGCAGGAGCGCGGCGGCGAGCGGAGCGACCAUGAGCAUGGCGUUCUCCUGCGCGGGCGCGCGCCUCCGCGGCCGCUGCGGCAUCGGCGCCGCCAAAUGCCGGCCCGCGGCCGACCUCCUCGUGCGGCGGGGCAGCUGCUUCCGCCCGAGCGCCCGGAGGUGGGGCGCCGCCAGCGCCAGGGGAAUCCGCGCCGACCUCCCUCCGCCGCCGCCGCGUGCGAGCGCGGAUGGCGGCGCGGUCACCUCUGGCCCGGCCGUCGCGGUGCCCGAAGCGGGGGACUCUACCGAGCAAGUGGCCGCGGUGGCCCAGCCUGUCUCCAUUCCGGAGAGGCACGGUAAGGCGGGUGGCGCUGAUGUUGAUGACGGGGCUGGCGGGAACGGCAAGUACCCGCCCGGCGGCGGCGGCGGGGACGGAGAGGAUGGCGGGGGCGGGGGCAGCGGGGGUGACGGCGAGGAGGGGGAGGACGAGUUCGGGCCCAUCCUGAGCUUCGAGCAGGUGGUGCAGGAGGCGGAGAAGCGAGGGGUCAGCCUGCCCAGCUUGCCUGCGGACAUGGUCGAGGCGGCCAAGAGCGUCGGUAUUCAGAAGCUGCUGCUGCUUAGAUACCUGGACAUGCAGGCGUCGGCAUGGCCCCUUGGUCCGGCCAUUAGGUCCUGCGCGCUUCUCCGGAACAGGAUGCUGGUUGAUCCUGCAUUCCUCUUCAAAAUCGGGACGGAGAUAGUUAUCGAUACGUGUUGCGCGACAUUUGCUGAGGUUCAGAAGAGGGGGGAGGAGUUUUGGUCAGAGUUUGAGUUGUAUGCAGCGGAUAUGUUGGUAGGAGUAGUUGUUAAUGUAGCUUUAGUUGGCAUGUUGGCACCAUAUGCUCGAUUUGGUGGUGGAUCUGCAUCACAAGGUCUCCUUGGGCGUGUUAGGCAUGCUUAUGAUGCCCUCCCAAGCAGUGUUUUUGAAGCUGAAAGGCCAGGAUGCAAUUUUUCUGUACAACAACGGAUUGGGACAUACUUUUUUAAGGGAGUUUUAUAUGGCUGUGUUGGAUUCUUUUGUGGUAUUGUGGGACAAGGGAUUGCUAAUUUGAUAAUGACUGCCAAAAGGAGUGUUAAGAAGUCAGAGCAUGAUGUACCUGUUCCACCUCUUCUCAAAACUUCUGCUUUGUGGGGUGUAUUCCUCGGUGUUUCUUCCAACACACGUUAUCAGAUUAUUAAUGGACUAGAGCGCUUGGUUGAGGCAUCACCUGUUGCCAAGCGUGUCCCAGCUGCUUCUCUGGCGUUCACUGUCGGCGUGCGCUUUGCCAAUAAUGUGUAUGGAGGAAUGCAGUUUGUUGACUGGGCGAGAAUGACUGGCUGCCAGUGAGUUGCAAGCUUUCAUAUUUUCGUGCCACCAUUCACAGUGAUGCUGCUGUUUGUUGUUCCACCCACAUUCGUCGAAUUUUCACCGUCACAAGUUAGAGACGUGAUAUCAAUAAUUGCUUGGGGUGCAGAAGAUCUCAAAAAUAAAAUGUGAUAGUUCGUCACAGUGAUUCUGGGUUUGAGUGGAGCUAGCAUUGUGAGUGCUUAGGCAGGAUAGAACCAUAAGAGAUAGAAUCGUUUGUUUUCUUGUUGAAGAUGUCGCCCUCUUGAUUCGGGUAGCCGGAUCUGCUUGAUUGAAAUGGCUUUGCCUCCGUAGUAUUUA